AUUUCCGGGACAACUGCCGGAUUACGCCUUGAUCUAGACCAAUCAAAUAGUGCCACCUAUUCAGUUCGGAUUUAUAUUCGUCAGCUUGAAAAAAGAUGAUGACCAAGACGUUCUUAGUGUUAGCUCUUGGAGUUCUAUCAACUUUGGCUAUUGAUGAGGACCCACGUCAUGGGGCGCAUAAUGCAAUUCACGAGGACCAUUUCAGUGAGGAUGGAGAACAUAAUCCAGAAUAUGAUCAUGAAGCAAUUCUAGGCUCUAGAAGUGAAGAAUUCUCAGAAAUGGAUCCUGAGGAAGCCAGAGCAAAGCUUGCUGUUCUUGUUGACCAAAUGGAUACCAAUGGAGAUGGAAAUGUUAACAAGGAGGAGCUGAAGAAUUGGGUGCUGCAGUCUUUCAAAAAAUUAGAUGAAGAAGAGGCUGAGGAAAAGAUAGAAGAACAAGAUCUAGAUGGAGAUGAGGCAGUGUCUUGGGUAGAGUACCUCAGCAAAUCAUACUCAUAUUCUCCAGAUGAUAUUGAAAAAUUCAAGAGAGAUGAAUCUCAUGAAAUGAAAGACUUUAUUGGUAUGGUUGAAAGUGAUGACAAAAAGUUCAAAGUGGCUGAUGUUGAUGGAAAUGGUUUGUUAAGCAGAGAAGAGUAUGCUGCAUUCCUCCACCCAUAUGACUACCCCCAUAUGUUUGAUAUAGAGGUGGACAGGACCAUGGAGGAUACUGAUAAAGAUGGCAAUGGUGUAGUAUCAAUGGAGGAGUAUCUAACAGAAGAUCUUGAUGAAGAAAGUGUAAUUGCUGAAAAAGAACAAUUUGCAGAAUAUGAUGUUAACAAAGAUGGCGUACUAGACAGAGAGGAAAUCAGAGCCUGGGCUAUUCCAGAAAAUGAUGAAAUAGCUGAUGAAGAAGCUGAACACUUAAUAGAGGAGACUGAUAGAGAUAAUGAUAAAGUAUUAAGUAAAGAUGAGAUACUUGAAAACGUUGAUUUGUGGGUAGGCAGCCAGGCAACAAACUAUGGUCAGACUCUACAAGAUAUGGAUCACGAUGAGCUAUAAUAUAAGGCUGUCAUUUUAGUAUUAAUUAAAUAUAUUCAAUUGUCAUGUUUGCCCUCAUGUUCUAGUGUAAAUGAAUUAUGGGAGUCACCCUUUAUAUUGUCAUAGUUCUAAUGGCAAGGGAGGUGGUAGCUUUAUCAUCUCCGACCAUUCUUUAUGUACAAGCACUAAAGAUGUACAUUUAUUGACAUUAGCAUUAUUAACACUGCAAUCUGGGGGCUGUGUCAUAUCACUGUAUUAGCUCAUUUGUAGAUAGUCUCAUAAUACUCAACAUUCAACAGCAUUUAGGUCUUGUAAGGCAGUCUGGCCUGUCUCCUAUGAUGCCGAGUUCAAAUUUUAGUGCCAAUUUAUUAUGAUCAAAGAAAUGUAUAUUUUUCUCAUGCUGAAUUUUU